GCUUCACAGGACAACUCCUAGGGUCGAUUUUUGUCCUCCUUGGAAGCUUUUUCUAUUGCUAUCAGUUUGAGCGGACAAAAACCUCUAGGGUUUAAGCCGGCGGGGAGAAGAGAAAGAUGUUUUUGGGUGCAUUUCCACGGAAGCCGGACAAGGCGGUAGCGCUGAAGCAGCUGAGAUCUCAUGUAACGAUAUUUGGAGUGUGGGUGGCAGUUGUUCGAGUCACUCCUUACAUUCUCCAUUACCUCUGCGAAGAAAAAGAGGAACUCAAGCUCGACCUCUGAUUCUCACCUUCGUGUGCGCAUAUGAGUGGAUGCAGAAGGGGGAUUAUCAGGAUGAUGCAGAAGUAUUGCGGUUCUUUAGUUCAUUAUUUCUUUUAGUUAUGGCAUUGUGACCAACUUGUCAUUCGAUCUUAUGCCUAGGGAUAAUUUUUUAUGAAUGAUUGUUUAUUGAGGUUUACACAUUUUGGAAAAUUAGAUUCAUUAUGUGUUCUAUAAAUGCUAUGUGCAUAUGAAGUGCUAGUGGUCAGAAUGAAAACUAUGAUUAUAUUUUUCUUGUA